CUCGUCUUCUGAUGCUUUGACUGUGAACAUCACCAGCCGAGCGAGAUGAGGUCACCGUCUACAGAUCCACUGCCCAGCUGAGCCACAGCCGUUGUGAUGCGGGAAGGUGUCGCGUUGUUGGCCGGGUGGGUGGGGGAGGCGGAGGGGAGGCGGCGGGGUGGAGGUGGAUGUCUCCUCUUUCAGGUCUUUUGCCUUUCCGUGCUUCGCGCCUCUCUUCAUGCUUUGACUCCGUCGCAGGAAGAGAAGAUGUUGCAUUGUUGGCACCCCUUGCAUAUCCCGCACCCCAAAGUCCAAUACCAGCGCGAGACAAGGCCAGGCCCCGGUGUAGUAGUGCAGGCCUUUGAACUUUCCUGUCGUCUUCGCGUUGAUUUUGGUCAGCCACAGCUCGUUUUGUAUCUCCCCAGUCGUUCUAGUGGUGGUGUAGCCGACCCUCAGAGCGAAGCGGCCGGGUGUGUGUUAUUUGAUCUCGAAAUCAUCGUGAGCACGCCAGGUCUGAGACAAAGCCCCGGCUCUUGUUUGCAUAGAUCGCACAGGAAUGUACAUGUCUCGCGGUUGGUGGAAGCUCGUCUUGGCACGCUCCCGAAGUAACGAGAACAAAGAAACCGCCAGCGCAGAUCGGCUGCUUAUGACUGGAACAAUCAUUUUACUGGAUCACGGCGGCUACCAUCGUCAAAGCGUCAAGCACCACCUCUAGCUACCGGAUAAUGCAUUCAAAGA